AUGCCCCCAUCAACUGAGAACGGCGUCGAAGAAGUGGACCAUCAAGCCGCAACUGAACCAUGGAUCUACGUCCCCAAACCAGUUAAACACGUUCGUGUGAUUUGCAUUGGUGCUGGUUGUAGUGGAAUUUACAUGUCAUAUGCUAUACCUCGCAAACUCAAGAACGUGUCCCUCAAGGUGUAUGAGAAGAACGCCGACCUUGGAGGAACUUGGCUAGAAAAUCGCUAUCCAGGUUGUGCUUGCGACGUACCCUCACACGGCUACUCAUGGAGUUUCGCACUAAACCCAGAAUGGAGUCGCUUCUACUCCCAAGCCGAAGAAAUCUGGAAGUAUCAGAAAUCAGUCGCCAAGAGAUUCGAUUGUGAAAAGUACAUGACAUUCAACACGAAAAUCAAUGAAGCUGUCUGGGACGACAAGCGUGGUGUUUGGACUCUGUACGGGAUUAAUGAAGUCACAUAUGAUCGAGUCAAGGACGAAUGUGAGAUCUUGAUAUCCGGAAUGGGUGCUCUGAAUACUUGGCGAUGGCCUAAUAUAGAGGGGUUGGAUUUGUUUGAGGGGAAAUUGAUGCAUACUGCGCUAUGGGACACGAAAUACUCUCUCGAAGGCAAACGUGUCAUCGUCAUCGGCACUGGAGCAUCCUCGGUCCAAACGGUCCCCACCAUUCAACCAAUCGUCUCAGAACUAAUCUUGUUCCAACGUCACGCUGGGUGGAUUCCUCCACAAGCCGAUGCCACUGGAAUGGCUCAAGGCUCCAACUUGGAAUAUACAGAGGAGCAGAAGAAGUACUGGCGUGAAAAUCCUGAUAAACACAAGGAGUUCUACGAAAACUUCAACGAAGGCUAUGAAACCUUCUUCAAGACAUUCAUGAUGAACUCUCCUGAAAACGUCAAUUGGCAACGUGAUGUGACAAACUAUUACCAAACUAUUAUCAAGGAUCCCAGUAUCCGAGAAAGGUUACUGCCUUCGUAUGAAAUCGGGUGCAGACGAAUCACGCCCCACACAAAAUACCUGCAAGCUCUUCAACAAAAGAACGUGAAACUAGUAACUGCCGGUAUUAAAGAAAUCACUGAAACCGGAGUCAGGACUGUUGAUGGCAAGUUGUAUGAGGCUGAUGUUCUUGUAACGGCAACUGGAUUCGAUACAUCAUUCAUCCCACGAGUCAAAAUCGUUGGCAAAAAUGAUAUUUCUAUUCAAGAGGCUUGGAUGAAUGUAGCUGAAGGCUACUUGGGAACUGCAGUAUGCGGCUUCCCCAAUUACUACACCAUCCUCGGCCCCAACACCCCUAUCGGUCAAGCAUCACUCCUUCCAUAUAUGGAGUCUCAAGGAGACUAUAUCAUUCAAAUGAUUUCCAAAAUGCAAGAUGACGCAAUCAAAUCAUUCGAUCCCAAGAAGCAAGUCCAGAAGGAGUUCAACGAAUGGACUCAGUAUUUCUUGCUAAGGACUGUUUGGCAAGGUGGUUGUGCUAGUUGGUAUAAGACUGAUACAGGUGCAAACACUGCUAUCUGGCCAGGUAGUUCGGGACAUUUCAGAAACUUCAUUGUGAAGCCACGAUUUGAAGAUUAUGAAAUUGUGUAUGAUCACAAAAAUCGAUUUGAGCAUCUUCUUGGGUGUGGUCUCACUCGAUGA